AUGGCGCAGAGAUUGGAGAAUGUUGUGGAUCGGCGCGAUUUGCUAAUACAAAAACUUCUGAGAAUUCACGAAGGAGUUAAUGAAAAUAAUGUGAAUGUACAUUGGUUGAACCUGCAAUUAGAAACUAUACGGCGUUGCAAUGAAGAUUCAGAGAAAAUUUACUUGGAGAUCUGCAAUCUAACACCACGGGAUCACAGAGAUGAACAUACUGCUGAGUAUUUACGCUGUGAAGAGCUUUUUAGUUCUUUGUAUGUCUCAAUUCAAACAAAAUUGGAGGAAAAGAAGAAUGCCGAGGCAAAUCAAGCGCGAAUGACCACCAAUGUAGCUUCAUUGAAUCCAGCAAUUGUAGCUAACUCGUCCGCACCACACUUGCAGGUGCCACUGCCAACUUUCGACGGAAAUCUUGAGAAUUGGUAUUCUUUUAAGUGCAUGUUUCAGACAAUCAUGCGAAGAUACCCGAAUGAAUCACCAGCGAUCAAGUUGUAUCAUCUCAAAAAUUCCCUCAUUGGAAACGCAGCGGGUAAAAUUGACCAGGAUGUGAUAAACAAUAACAAUUACGAAGCGGCAUGGAAAAUGUUGGAAGACACGUACGAGGAUGAGCGGGUCAUAAUUGACACACACAUCGAGGCGUUACUCAAUUUGCCGAAAUUGACGUGUGAAUCAGGCGAAGAGCUGCGAAAGUUGAUCGACACAUGUUCAAAGAACGUCGACGCACUUAACAACCGUAAUCUACCUGUCAAUGGCUUGGCAGAGAUGAUGCUGGUGAAUUUAGUCGCAAAACGAUUGGACAAGGAAACACGAAAAUUGUGGGAAUCCCAGCUGCCUAAGGAAGAAUUGCCAUCAUUUUUGUUAAUGAUCGACUUCCUACGUGAAAGAUGCCGUGUACUGCAAAAAGUACAAAACUAUUCUGAAUCGCGAUCGUCUACUGGAGCAUCAAAACAGCGAGGCAAAACGGAGCAGAAAUCCAUUACAGCAAAGAAUUUUGUGCAAACAUCGAAAGAAUCAUGUUUUAAUUGCAGUGGGGAGCACUCGAUCUACAAAUGUGAUGCUUUCAAAGACCUUGGAGUGGCUGAACGUUACAAUAAAGUAAAACAAUCAGGACUCUGCUUUAAUUGUUUGCGGCGUGGUCAUCGUACAGUCGACUGUAAAUCUGAACAGUCCUGUAAGGUUUGUAGAAGAAAACAUCACAGUCUUCUCCACGAAGAAAAAGCACCUAUACCGAAGCAAUCAGAAGUUUCCGUGGUAGACCAACCCACAUCGGACUCCAAAGGUACACAAGAAAGUUCCACUAAAGAAACGCGUUUAGUAAACUGCACUCAAUCAAAACCGAUUAUGAGACAAGUUAUGCUAUCGACUGCUGAAGUUCUAGUAUCCGGAUUCGGAAACUCUUACUGGCCUUGCAGAGCACUUUUAGAUUCAGGAUCUGACUCGAAUAUAAUCUCCGAAGUUUUUGCAAAAAAGUUAAAUAUUCCAAUGGAUAGAAUCAAUCUUCCGAUCAGUGGUUUGAAUAAUGCUCAAACAAUGGUGAAACACAUGAUUCACACGAAGAUCCGAUCAAGAGAUAGUAAUUUCGGUGCAGCGUUAGAUUUUCUUGUGGUGCCAAAAAUAACGCAUCUGCCAAUAAUGGAAUGUAAUAUUCAAAGUUGGCCCAUUUCGACUGAUAUACAUUUAGCGGAUCCAUUCUUCAACGUACCUAACGAAAUCCAGAUGAUUAUCGGAGCUGAAUUGUUUUUCGAUUUAAUUAAAGAAGGCCGUAUUCGACUGGGCAAUCAAAUGCCAACACUUAUUGAAACUCGUCUUGGAUGGGUUGUUAGUGGAUGCGUACCUAAUGUCAUUUCGAAUUCAUCGCAGAAAAACUGUCAUAUGAAUGUAAGUAACGAGGAACUGAAUCGCAGUUUGACUAAGUUUUGGGAACUUGAAAAAUGUGUGGAGGCGUCACCAUUGACAGCUGCCGAAAUAGCUGUAGAAGAUUACUUUGUACGUACAGUUCAGCGAAGCGAUAGUGGUCGUUACAUCGUCAGAUUACCGUUCAAUAAAGCGAAGGGUCAACUUGGUGACUCAAAAGCAGCUGCGCAAUAUCGUUUCAAUAAACUGUUGCGAACAUUUGUCAACAACGAUAAAAGAACUCGCUACACAGCGUUUAUGGCGGAGUAUUUUGCUCUUGGUCAUAUGAUCGAAUUGAAAGAUAAUCCAGACGAAGGUUAUUUUCUCCCGCAUCAUGCUAUCUACAAAGAAUCAAGCAGCACUACCAAAAUAAGAGUUGUCUUUGAUGCCUCAGCGAAAACUACUACAGGUGUCUCGUUAAAUGACGCUCUAGAGGUUGGUCCAACUGUCCAAAGCGAUCUAAUAUCCAUUAUAAUGCGAUUUUGCAGUCAUCAAAUAGUGCUCACAGCUGACAUACCGAAGAUGUACCGGCAAGUACAAAUUCACGAAGAUGACCGAAAAUAUCAACGGGUAUUAUGGCUCAAUGAAGAGCACAAGCAAACAGUAUUUGAGCUAUCAACUGUAACAUACGGAUGUUCUAGUGCACCAUAUUUGGCAACGCGUGUGCUUGUGCAAUUGGCCACCGAUGAGGCAAAUGAUUUUCCGAUAGCAUCGAACGUCAUCAAAUAUGAUAGUUAUAUAGAUGACUUUCUCACUGGAGGCAGCACAUCAAACGAAGUGAUAGAAAUCUACGAACAACUUUCCGGGAUACUGCAGCGAGGUGGCUUCGGAGUGCACAAAUUCUGCUCUAACAGUGAUAUCGUUCGUAAUCAUAUUCCAAGCGAGCUGCAGGAAACGCAGAUGAAUUUCGAGGAUGCGGAUAUUAACAAUACUAUUAAAACGCUGGGUUUGAUAUGGAAUCCAAUGGAUGAUUAUUUCACAUUUCACGUAAAAUCAUUUGAGUCGAUAAAUGCUGCAUGUUUCACGAAAAGAAGCGUGCUGGCUGAUAUGAGCCGUUUGUUCGAUCCACUAGGAUUUCUGGGACCAAUAAUAACGCUGGCGAAAAUACAAAUGCAAGAUCUCUGGCGGUUGGGUCUAGCCUGGGAUGAAAAUCUUCCACCAGAACCAUUGAAAAAUUGGACCUCAUUUAGGAAACAAUUACCGUUGGUGAACCUAAUGAAAAAGAACAGAUGUCAAGUCACGUGUCGCUCCAUUGAAGCCUACAACUAUUCCAAGGUUGGAAUUAUGUGGCGCUUUACUGCUGGCUCAGCUCGUAAGGAAAACCAUAAAUGCAAUGAAGUUUUCGUUUCACCGGGUGACACUUUGGUGUGA